GUCGCCGACAACUCACCGUGGCCGAUGUUCCGCGGCCGUGUUCCUUUUGUGCAAACGUUCUCAAAUGGGGAAGGUUAGGAUGGCGUGGGGGGGGGGGACAAAAAAUCCCCGAAUUUAAGCAUCGAAGCUAGAAUGAUUAGAUAUCAUAGAGUUUCAGGCCAUCGAUUUGAAGGCAGCCUGAACGAAAAAGGGAAGAUAAAAAGAGGACUUCUGGGAAUUCGGACUGUUUUUUGGGACCGUUUUUUUUAAAGGUUCCUUUCAGCACAGCCUUGGUUGACAUUGGGUCGAGCUAAAUGGGAAGGACGCUGCUGGCUAGUGAACAUCGCGAUCGAGAUAAUCACCAUCUUGAGCGUCACCAUCAUCAUCAUCCACUAGUUGCUUUGCUGGCGAUGCAUCAUCGAUUAUGUCAGCGUGCAUCAGCGGGCGCUGCCGAGACACCGGUCACCUCCGAAUUGACCUCCUGGCGUCACAUCGCCGAUCAUCUCGCGCUCGCCGACGGAGAUCGCAUAUUUUGGAGCCUGAGCCCGUUCGUGUUUGCGUUUGUGUGUCGGUAUUUUACAUCUCCUUCGACCUACAUCCCUCCCAUCGUAGGUGCGAUGCGCUCGUUUGGCUUGGAAGGAAGGAGAUUUUGUUUUUCUGCUCUCUGUCACCUUUCUUUCGAAGCUCGGUUAGUUGGUAUCUCUGUGUGUGAGUGUUUUUUUUGUUCGGAGACACACUCUGAGCAAACCAAGCCAAAAAAACAACACCCCAAAACUGUUUGUUGUGUAUGAUGCGUGGGUAAGAUGCGUGAGGUGAGGCAAGUUUUACGGUUCAAUUUUAUGGUGAUGUCCACGGGCACGCUUGCAGUUUGGUGUUUCUUUGGCGGGGAGGCAUCUUGACUUUUGGUGGCCUUCCCGGCGUGCUGCUGCAACCUUAUCUAGCUGGGCCGUAGCACGUGGGAGGGAAGCGCCAGUGUUUGUUUGUGUUGGAGCACAUUUGGGAGAGAGGGCUCAUCGCCGGACGGCAUUUAAUCGGUCAGCUGUAAUCUAAAUGUUGGUCCUCGUUCGAUCAGCUGGGCUGAACUGAUUGGGGCAACCCUUCGAGUGGGCUGUGCAUCCAAGCCAAAGGUAAGAGGGAUUAGCAUGAUAGGAGGACAUAAAAUGAGGUCACUGGAAUGCAAUCGUACUGCGCUUGUUUGGAUAACAUCAUAUCGCAUUGCAUAAGCUUGAAAGGGGAAACGUUCUAUGAGUUCCAGCAGAUCCGACAAUUGUCCACAAUAUUCCUUACACAAUAUUCUCUGUUUCUGACUCUCAUUUCCAUCUGUUUUGUUUUUUUGCUCGUGAAUGAUUAUCUAUCGCAACAUAAUUGCUUGGCGCCUCCUUGCGUCUGCAGCCAGACAGAAGCAAUGCUUAUGUAACGGAAGUGAUCUGACACGCAUCGCGCUCUUAUCAAAUCGGAGUUAAAAUUAACAGCGAACCAGCAAAACCGAUUAGCAUAUUAUCGUAGCAGGCGUGCGCGGUUCGAGGUUGAAAGGUAGCUUUGAAACCAGUUCACUCCGAACAAACGUUCCGAAUGUGUUCCGAGCAAAACGUAUGGAAAGAGCCUUUGCGUUAUGCCUUUGGCGAACUACAACAACCUUUGGUGCAGUGUUUGGUGAAGAGUUGUUGGGCUGAAGUGCUCUUGGGAGGAACAAUGCUUCACUGCAUCCUCCGUUUUUUGUUCGUUGCAAGUAUUUUAAUGAAGACGUUUUAGACUGCUCUAUGCUGUAUUCUCCAAAACCACACCUUCUACUAAUAGAGCCAUCAGUGUUUGAUGUGUUCUCAUCAGCGUUGAUCGAAGCUCAUCAUCCACCGUGCGCUCGUGUGUGCACCCAUACCGUGGCCAUGCCUAAAUCCCCGUGUACUCCUUGAGCUGUCACUUCAAACCUUUGUGUUUCGAUGUUGUUUAACUUAUUCCAAAAUCCCCCGCUCGCAACCCGCUCAAUCACACCUUUGUUAGGCAAAACGAUGUCCAAAAUGGUAGUUUUAAGAAGCUGUAGGACAUAGUUUGAUGCCCAGUGCUCAUCAUGAAUCUUAUCGGCGUGGUAGUAUCGUUAGGCACGCUGCUAGCUGUAUCAAAAUGUGCUCCGAUGGAGUCGUCAGAUGCGGAUCAGGAUACUGAACUCCUCAACUACGAAAGUAUCCACGGGCAGGAAAUGUAUCGGUUUAAGUACGAAACGAGUGAUGGACAGUUUAGGGAGGAAGUCGGUAUGCUGGUGAACGUUGGAACGCCCGAGCAGGAGCUGAUGCUGAUGGGCCAGUAUGGGUACAAGAAUAAGGACGGCACGAUGGUGAUGGUCAUGUACACGAGCGGCAAGAAGGGCUAUCGGGCACGAACGGUGACAAGAAACGCACGCGAUGCAGAUUUAAGGAUGAAGGCUUUCCUGUCGUUGCUGAUGGGAUAGAUCUGCCGGGGUUGAGAUCAUUCAGAUCAUUAAAAGGAUGGAGAGAAAAUGAAAAAAA